AUGCGAGAGCGCGUCCUCGCCAGUCGCCCAAGUAUCAAGAUCAUCGACCGAUACAGAGGAAUAGCAAGAGAUGCAGAGGCUGCAGGUCCUGGGGUCAAGCAGGAGACAUCUGAAGGAGAGGAGAACCCACUGUACAGCAGAGACCUCCAAACUGGAGCAGUUGGAGCGCCUCCUGUAGCCACGGACAAACCCACCACCGCCCCAGUGCAGCCCAAGACCCGACGCAGCAUCWCGGAGGUCAGUGGAACGCUGAACACCGUCCUCAAGUCAGAGACAGACACAGAGACUUUAACUGUAACACAAAGGCUUUUACACACAGGAUCUGACCAAAUGUCAGACCCAGAGAGAAUGGGGCUGGGGAGACUGGGCUGUCCUCCUGCUCCCYCCUCAGAGUACAUACUUUAUGGAAGCCCGAGGACGGUUCAUUCCCAUCCGGACUCAGGUGACGCGUCAGAGACUGGUAAUGAUCCUUCUUGUUCUUAUAUUUCAGAGAUGGACCCUAGCAACAUGCCCUUMGGUUUAGAGGCACAGACUGAUCUGRCUAGACGGGACUGGAACCGGUGCAGUAGAAGUGUAUACUCUGAAGGGUGCCUAUAUGAGACAGGGGAGGGUAUGGCUGUAGAUGACGUGACUGUGAAAGUGGAGGGCGACAUUCCUCCCACAUGGAAUGCAGAUAGUCACCUAGGAGAUGGACACUCACAGGGCAGAGAUUUCUUAGAUUACAGGGAAAGCUUGGAGACCAAUCCAAAUGUCGCUGCCCACUACCCUUUACACARGCUCAGGGAUCGUGACCCAUUGUCCACGUCGAUGGGGCCUUCUGAUUCACAUGGCAGCGUCCUUUUCGAUCAGGUAUUGAACUCAAACGACAGYACUAGAGCCCAGGCUCAGAGAGGGGAAGCUACAUCAGGCAAUAGUAAAGAUAAACGGUUCCCCUGCAUGUUCUGUAACAAAGGCUUCAGCUGCCCCCAGAAGGUGGAGAUCCACCAGAGGGUCCACACAGGGGAGAAACCCUACAGCUGUGCCCAGUGUCARAUGCGCUURACCCAGGCUGGCAACCUGAAGAGGCACCAGAGGGUGCACACUGGGGAGAAACCCUACAGCUGUACCCAGUGCCACAUGUGCUUUGCCCAGACUGGUCACCUGAAGAUGCACCUGAAGGUCCACACGGGAGAGYGGCCGUUCACUUGUACGCACUGUGGGAAGAGGUUCUCAGAGAGAAGCUACCUCAGGAUACACCAGCAGAAAAAACACUCCACUUUGAUAGCUUCUGACGUUUAGAUCAAACCCUGGAUUUUCAGCAGAAAAGCUCCACUUGGAAUGACAAGAUUAACAGAUUUCGGUGUUGAAUAUUCCUGGGUAGAGUGUUGCAUCCAGACAUUGGCAUAUUUAAGCCUACAAAUCUGUUACAUAUUGUGUUUGUACUGUGUUGGCUAUAUGAUGUUCACAAAUGCCUAUUUCAUUACUUCCAUUCAACUACUUACUUUUUUCCCCAAGASACUUUUAAUGAGAAAAUGAAUGCAGUUUAUCAAGUUCAUGCCUAKGUUUUGUAUAUGUGUGGUUUUCAUAUGGUYUAUUUAACAGUUUUGUUUAAUAAACACAAAAUGGGACUUUUCA